GGGCUGCGGCGCCCUCAGUAAUGGGUCGACACGCGACUUACACGGUUGUGGGGGGCCUCGCUGUCGCGCUCUACGUGAAUUCGCUGCGUGGCGAAUUUGUUCACGACGAUGUACCGGCGAUUGUACGGAAUAAUGAUGUUACGGGACAAACCCCGCUACACCGGCUGUUGGUCGAUGACUUCUGGGGCACUCCGAUGUCGGAUCCCUUCAGUCACAAGUCGUACCGGCCGUUGACUACGCUUACGUUCAGGGCCAACUACUGGAGCACAGGUCUGCAGCCAUUUUGGUUCCACCUGUGCAACGUUUUGUUGCACGCAGCUUGCUGUAUGCUCUUCACACGGUUGGCACUCAAUGUUGCCAAGUUGCAAACCAGAUUUGCGGUCGCUGCCGGACUUAUUUUCGCAGCGCACCCUGUACACACUGAAGCCGUCAGUGGAGUAGUUGGGAGAGCUGACGUCCUCGCUUGCCUCAUAUUCUUGAUGUCUUUCCUGCUCUAUCACGAUGAGGAGAUAGGGAAGUACAACGUGACUGCAAGCUGCAUUCUGGCUGGAUUAGCGAUGUUAGCCAAGGAGACUGGAUUAACUGUUCUAUUGGUGAAUCUGGUAUACGAUCUCUACAAAUCGUGGCCUCAUGUCAAAAGGAUAUUAUUUGACGGAAAACGGAGUGACGAGGCUGUUAAAUUCACUCGCCGCGCUGCCAAAGUUCUUGUAGCGAUGAGUGCACUGUUGAUCUUCCGACUAGCACUCCUACAAGGAUCCUUACCCAAGUUCUCAGCCCAAGACAAUCCAACAGCAUUCCAUCCCUGUCCACAUGUUAGAUUGAUGACGUUCUGCUACCUGGCAGUAUUCAACUGUUGGCUGCUCUUCUGCCCUGCGACACUGAGCCAUGAUUGGCAGAUGGGAUCUAUUCCUCUGGUGACGUCACUGGGCGACUAUCGCAACGUUGCAACGUGUAUCUUCUUCGGCUGCUGCUUACUGCUAGCGUAUCGUUGCUUCGCUGACUUUGAGUUUCACCGACAUUCUCCUCUAGUUCUUGGCUGUCUACUGUUGGUGAUCCCUUUUCUCCCCGCCGCCAACCUCAUGGUCACAGUAGGCUUUGUACUUGCUGAGAGAGUACUUUAUAUUCCCAGUGCCGGAGCUGUACUUCUGAUAGUAUAUGGAGCGCAGAUUCUCAACGACUCUGGAAUUAUAAAGCAGAGAAAAAGACUGAAACUGGCUUUUCUGAUUCUACUGGCGUGUUUUUCGUUCAAAACCGUCUACAGAAAUCGAGAUUGGGCCACGAGGGAGUCCCUUAUCAGGUCUGGACUGAGGGCCCUACCACACAAUGCUAAGAUGCACUACAACCUCGCCAACUAUCAUAGAGACACAUCGAGAGCUGAUCUGGCUGUCAAGCAUUACAGGGAAGCUUUAAGGUUAUGGCCAACCUACGCCAGUGCUCAUAAUAACCUGGGCACUCUUAUGACGCGUGCUGAGGAUGCUGAGAACCACUUUCAAUCUGCAAUUCAGAUCCAGCCAAAACAUGUCAACGCUCACUACAAUCUUGGUCAAGUUUACAGAAAAAUGAACCGCAGCAUGCAAGCUGUUGAAAUGCUUGAGAGAUGUCUUCGAUUGGAUGCCUCCUACACGCCCGCUUAUCUGUUAUUGGCCAAGAUGCAACCGGGUCCCCUAUCAGGGAGACUCCUCAGGCAUGUAACUCGGCUACAUCCCGAAAAUCCGGACAUUCUGUCGCACUAUGCUGAGUGGCUCCACGAGAAUCAAAGGACAGAGGAAGCAAUCUAUUUCUACACGAGAGCAAUGGUUCUACAAAGUAAUCACAAGGAGGCCUUCAGUGGUUGGAUAAGGUGUCUCAGAUCUAAAGGUAGAUCCGUCUAUCUACAUCACAUGCUCAUGAGAUUCAGAUCGAUGACAUACUCCAAAACAAGGACGAGAAUCGUGCCUGACGAGGAUGGAGAGAGAUUCUUCAAGUCGUGGGAUCUGUACAAACAGGGCCAAGUGACGUCACAGUUCAAUCACGUGUCUCAUGUCAUUUGUCACUACAACCUUGCCCAGGUGAUAGAACAAGGCUUUGAAUCAAGCAACGCCAAAAAUCAACAAGAGCAGCACACAAGUGACAUCUCCAUGAGAUAGUAGACUUGAGGGAGACGACAAUAAAUUAUUGUAUCAUGAUGAAUAUUACUGCUAAACAAAACAUGUGAAUGACGGGAAUCUCUGUGCAAGGUUGAAAUAUUUUGAUAAAUUAACAUAAAUCAUUGUUAUCUUUGUUACCGUGUUCUGAGGUUUGCCUAUUCAAGGUAGCUUAUUUAAUUCAAUUAACGUUUUUUCUGCUCUAUUCUAUCUCAUAUUUUCUACAUGCAAAAUUUAUAUGAAGUCGGGAUGAAUUCAAAUUUAAUUUUGUUUGAUCAAAAUUCUAGUGAUCAAAGAUUGAAUACAACAAUACAUGAUAUACAUUUGUAUAUAGAAAGGGGUGUCUUAACAUUGCCAUCUUUAUAUGUAUUUGAAUGUUUGCUUUACAUUAGGAGAAACAUUCAAGAUUUUGAAAUAAACUCUGACUUCCAUAGUCACAACACUCGUAACAAAUACAAAGUUAGAGUCAGACACUGUCGUUACAAUUUAUCUAAACAGAGCUGGCAGCAAAUGUCCAUAAAAUUAUUCAACUGCAUACCUGAGUCCGUGAGAGUGAUGGAUAUCGCAUCUUACAGGACGUAUUUGAGGGACUACUUGUUAAUCGGCAAAUGUCUGUAUAAGGUGGAUGAGUUUUUCGCAGUUGAAUUUUGAUUGGCGUGUUAUAUGUUUUUGUGUUAAUAUUUGCAGUUAAUAUCUUGAAGUUGUUGCAACAUUUCCCAAUGUUUUUUAACAAUAAAUUAUUUGAUUUGAUUUGAACGUUUAUCCUGUUGUCAAUACUAUUGAUGAUAAUCCGAUUAUUAAUUGGAGGAAAUUGGUGCGUAACUGAUCAGUAUGCCUACUGAUGCACUAGUGUUUUGAUAGCAUAAGAAUAUUCCAACCUUGCUCAUUGAAUUCUAUUCCAAAAAUGUAUAAAUCAAGUUCAAGAGUUUGAGUGAAACUAGGCAUGGAGCAUUAUUGCUGUCUCAAAUAAAUUUCAAAUGAUUGAGGAUAUUUGCAAGAUCUUUAUAAUAUGAAAGUGAAAUAAUUGUUGGACCUAGGUACUGGAAAUGUAAAGAGGAUUGACUCUAUUAUUAGACAAUACUGUUACAAUAAAUAUUUUUGUGUAAAUACCAGUUUGGCGAUUUGUAUCACAGCUAUAAUUCGAAACUGAUUGAAAUAUAAUUUUGUUUUCUGUUAUCGCUUGUUAUUAUUUUCAAUGUAAUAAAGACGUGUAUAGUAUUAUAAUAGACUGCAAUUGAUAUUGAUUAAUCAACAAGUUUUGCAUGGAGAAUAUUAUUGGAUGAUUGACUGAUUACCAGUAUUGAAAUUGUGGAGGCAUAAAAAUGAUUUGAAUAUUUUUUCUUACCAUGAGAAUAAUGUUUCUGAAAAAGAAACAGUUUGUUUAAUGUAGAAAAUACCAGUAUUAGUAGAUACAGGAAGAUGAUAAUAAUAUUGUAAUAUCCUUAUUAUAAGAAUGAAAUUGUAAUAUUACGUAGAAAUAUGCUUUGAUACGCAUAAGAAACUGUAUUAAUAAUGACUAGUUUUAGUGUGAAGAUACAGAAAUGUACUAUCGAACAUAAUGUUCAAUCGAAGGUUGAUCUCAUUUCAGAAAAUUAAGCCAAAGGAUAUUAUUUCUUUUGUAGAUUUUAGAAUACUUUACACUGAUAUUAUCAUGUAUGUUUAUGACCACUGUAUAUCGCUGUUUCCUUCUCAAAUCCAAUUUUCCAUUUCCAAGCUAAUAAAAAUGUUUCAGAUUGCUAAUUUCAGAUUUUGAUGGAUUUGAAAAGUUUCUGUUAUCAGCUAUUCUUAUUUCACUUUUUGAUCGUUGUUUGGAAUCUAUUUUUCGCUUUUAAUGUUUCAGACUGUUAAUUUCAGAUUUUGAUGGAUUUGAAAAGUUUCUGUUAUAAGCUAUUCUUAUUUUCCUUUUUGAUCGUUGUUUGGAAUCUAUUUUUCGCUUUUAAUUUCUCAGACUGUUAAUUUCAGAUUUUGAUGGAUUUGAAAAGUUUCUAUCAUCAGUUCUUCGUAUUUCACUUUUUGAUCGUUGUUUGGAAUCUAUUUUUCGCUUUUAAUGUUUCAGACUGUUAAUUUCAGAUUUUGAUGGAUUUGAAAAGUUUCUGUUAUCAGUUCUUCUUAUUUUACUUCUUGAACGUUGUUUGGAAUCUGUUUUUCGCUUACCAAUCAACUUCUGGAAUCUGUGGCAUUAUUGCGUGAGAAGAGACAAAAUUGUAUCCUAAUUUGUUCCUUUCCAGUCCUUAUAAUCAAUCAUACAGAAUUAAAAUUAGAAGCAUGAAAAUCCGUAAAUAUACUGUAUUAAAAGAUUCCAAAACAUUACAAAGCAAUGAUUGUGUUAUAUUAUGAUUAUAAUAUUAUUUUGUUGAGGAAUUUUUUAUUUUUGAAUUUUUAUUGUUGCGUUGGACUUGAUAAUUACUAUCAACGAAAAAUAAUGUGUAACAUAGUAGUAGCAUUAAUAAAUAAUAUGAUGAAUUAUUUUUUGAAAUUGAAAUCGAGGCCUAAUUAAUAACUCGAGAACUUGUAAAUUUGGAUAAGUUUAUUAAUAAAAUUGUAAUCUGGAA